CAUCUGCUCGCCCACUCCUGGAGACGAGACUGCUUUCUUGCGUUUGCCGUACGGUCUGUGUGGCUCUGCCUGUGGACUGCCGCGCUGCAAUUGCCCGAGACAAUCGCCCGAUCGGCCCUGGCAUUCUUCGUCUAGACCCCCUCCUUACAAACGACAUCCGCGCUGUUUGGCCACGUCGUCAACAUCUUGGGCAGCUUAUUACUGCGACUUUCCUGGCGGAUUGCAGUUUUCUGUCUGAUCUGAAUUCAUCCUUACUGUCCUUGCAAUAUCAUUACGUGGACCUCAGCCAGACGACCCGGCCUAGAAACCUCCAUAUACUUGCGCCCUAUACUCCGGCUUGGUGGCCUCCGAAAGAUGGCGUCCAGCUCUGUUGCGUCAGACGCUGCUAUUCCCCCUGCCGACCAGUCGGGCAGCUCACAGACUUUUGUGUUGCAUGUGCUCUGUCCGUCUCUGCCGCCGCCUAAUCGCUUCACCUUCAAUGAUCUUACUCCUCCCACCACCGUUGCCGGCCUGAAAGCUCGGAUAUCGCAAUCGCUGCCCGGUCAGCCAUCCUCCGAGAUUCAGCGGCUCAUAUAUCGCGGCAAACCUCUUACGAGCGAUAGUAUAUUGCUGGAAAAUGUGUUGGACCUGGAAAACGGUUCGGAACAUUCUAUGCAUCUCGUUCUUCCUCCAGCACCCUUACCAGCUGCCAAUGAUACGGGCAGUCUGUCGUCAGCGGCUCCCCCUCAGCAAGCCUCCAAUAUUCCGACCCCUCCGUUUGACAGCCUAUCUGCGCCGCCGAACAAUGCGCAAGUUAGGUCACCGGUAUGGAGAAUCCGAGACCGGGAACCCCCAGUGCCCGGUGACGAUGAGAUGGCCCAGACUGUGCGGCAGAGCAUCGAAGCAAUCCACCGACAGCUCGAAUCGCAAGAGCGACGGAGAUUCCCGCUACCCGAACGCCAGGAAGGCGCGAUAUCAACAUCUAUACACCAUAGUUUCGGAGCUCCCUUGAGAACCCAGACACAUUUGUUCGGUAUGCCGAACACAUCAUUUGCGGACGAUACCAGACUGCUUCUACUGCAGCUCCAACCCCAAGUCACUUACUUUGAGGACCAACUCAGCCGCGGGAUCGCACCUCCGAUCGACCGAAUCAUUCAAGUGCGAUCGCAAUUGCUCCAACUGCUCGACGAACAGUAUCGCAAACCGCAAUCGGAACGAAAUAGCUCCAUUGAGCCCCUUCUCACCCGGGUUUUCAACAUCUACACCCGCGCAGACCAGCUGCGCGUGAUGCAGUCGACCUUGCCGUCAUCGCUACUGCGGCCGAACUCCGCCAACAUUUCCGGCGGCGUUGAAACCAAUCAAAUUCCUCGUUAUCUUCUAUCAUCGCCGGAUGGGUACCGAGGUAUUAUUACGUCCCCAGGGACGACAGAAGGCCUCCAGGCCGCGCUCGAGGCUAUUCGCGUCGCGCAAGCGUCUCAAGCAGCAUUUACGCCCAACCACGGACAUCAUCCGGCAGAAGCACACCCCAACGCCAACGCCAACGCUGCUGUCAUGGAAAACGCAGUCCGCCAGGCCGUGCUGAACCAGCGAGCCGGCGCCAACCACGGCGGUCUCGGAAUCGCCCGAAGCAUCAGACGCCUUUGGCUCUUCGUGCGCCUCUACUUCUUUUGCUACAUGUUCAGCGAACCCGGCACUUGGACCCGGGUCCUGUUCGUAUCUUUAGCCGUUCUUGCAGCCCUCCUGUCUGAAACGGGCUACCCCCAGCAGCUCUACCGGAUGCUCGUCGCCCCGGUCCAGCAGCACCUGGAAGGUCUGGUGCAUUUUGCCCCGGGCACCGACAACGCCGCGGAAACCAAUAAUGCAAACCAGCCCGCGGGCGCCAGAAACGGCGGCCGUGGCGGCCUCGCUGCCGAACUGCGUCACAACCUCCGCAGGGUGGAGCGCUCUCUGGCGCUGUUCAUCGCCAGCUUGGUGCCCGGCGUCGGCGAGCGGCACGUGGAAGUGCGCAACGCAGCCGAGGCAGCUCGCAAUGCGGAGCGCACCCGGGAAGAAGAAGAUCGUCGUCGGCGGGAGGAAGCGGCUGCAAACCCGGUGCAGGAUCAGCAGCAGCCGCAAGACUCUGAGCAGCGAAGCGAUGAUCGUGACGCUAGUGCUCCUCCUGACCCGGCUCAGCAGAAUCCUACCGGUGACCACCCUCCAGGCGCUACCGCAUCGCAGGGAGAUGAGAACAGAGCAGUAUAAUCGCUCGAUUCUGUCUCUCGUUACAUUUCAUUGUCAUUUAACAUGAUAUCGAUAUCAUCUAUUGGAUUACUAUUGUACAUAUUUCUUGAAGUUAGAAGAGCGAUCCAGAUUAGCAUAGCACAUUUUAUGAAAUCCG